GCGCUCCAAGAGAGAUGCUCUUAGCAGCGGUCUCAACAGGACCUCGCAUCGCAUGCAGCGCAAAUGGAUGUAGCAGGUUGUACACACAUUUGAGACGCCUGGUGCACGAAACAACAAAUGAACUGAUCACUGCACAGGCAUUCCCUAUCGAUUUUGUUCUCUGACAGAGGAAUUCACAGGACGCGUAGCCCAUCAUUCCCGCGAACAGAAGUGUCUGUGCCGUUUCAUGGAGAGCGGCGAGUGAUCUGAAGAAGGGAGACUGGUGGAGUUUUCCCCCUUUCUCACUGCACCAAAAGAAAACUCCUUUUAGGCAGGCGGCUGCACCAUGUCCUCAGCCCAGGGCCGGGACGUAUCUGACUACCAUGUAAGCGUGGUGCGUAACCCCCCUGGCUGGGAGGUGGGGAUCUAUGUGACCGGCUUCCUGGUGUUACUGGGGGUGGUGGCUCUCAACCUGUGGAAGCUGUGGAAGUCCGGCUCCUUUCCUGCCCCAUCGCCCUACCCCAACUUUGACUACCGCUUCCUGCAGGAGAAAUAUGGAACGUCCGUCCCCGAGGUCCGGCAAAAGAGGGCAGUGGCUAACAACAGGAGGGAAUCGGCGUCGCUGUCGAUGAGCCGCAAGCCCAGCCUGCAGCUGGGGGACACGCCGGACGGCUUCCGGGACGGCCUGCGGGACCUGGGCACGCUGGAGCUGAUGGGCCGCGACCUGGACCCCGCGCAGCUGCACCGCUCCAUCUCCACCGACUCGCUCUGCUCCGUCUCCUCCAUCGGCAACAACUUCGGCCACGACUACACCGUGGGCCAGCUGGAGGUGACGCUGGAGUUCAACGGGCGCGCCGGGGCCCUCAACAUCUACCUGCAUCAGGGCAAGGACCUGAUGGAGAAGGAGGAGGAGAACUUCCCCGGCUGCUUCAUCCGCAUCACGCUGCUGCCCGAGGAGCUGAACGUGGGCGUUUCCAAGGUCAAGGCUAAUGCGUACACAGUCAUGUUUGACGACCACUACUCCAUACCGCUGGAGGCCGCUUGUCUGGAGGAGUACAGCCUGCGCUUCUCAGCCUUUGGCAUCGAUGCCGAGGAGAGGAACCUCAGUGCUGGGGUGGCCGAGCUGAAGCUGUGUGACCUGGACCUCUCCAUCAGGCCUUUCAACGCCUGGCUCUACCUGCAGGACCCCAACAAGGCCAUUGACGCAGUCGGGGAAAUUUUGCUCUCUCUCAGCUACUUGCCCACAGCUGAGCGGCUCACAAUCGUCGUGGCAAAAGCAAAGAAUCUGGUCUGGACCAAUGGCAAGACCUCAGCUGACCCCUUUGUGAAGGUAUACCUCCUUCAAGAUGGCAGGAAGAUCAGCAAAAAGAAAACAUCAAUGAAGAGAGACGACACAAACCCAAUUUUCAACGAAGCCAUGAUAUUCUCUGUGCCUGCCGUUGUGUUGCAGGAUCUCUCUCUGAGGAUCACUGUGGCAGAGAACACCGAUGACGGCCGAGGUGAAAACGUGGGCCACGUGAUCAUCGGCCCCGAGGCCAGUGGCAUGGGCAUCACCCACUGGAACCAGAUGCUGGCCACCCUGAGGAAACCUGUGUCCAUGUGGCACCCCAUUCGGAGGACCUAAGCCACACCACAGACCCCGACACAAACCACCAAUCUGCAUGGUGCCCAAUCAGUCUGACAGACAUGUUGGCUACAGAAUGACUUUAGUGAGGGAAUUUAAAAGGAAAACAUUUUGUUUCUCAAGAGGCUCUGUUGCCUUUUGCACAAGCAGACAUUUUUUGUGGGCUGAGGGGUGGUUCGGCGUUAACUGAACCAGCUGAGGCCCCCAGAGGGAAAGAAGCAGGUAGUAGUAGUAGGUCACACAUCUUGUGCUUUUAGAAAAAAAUAAGUAAUCCAGGUUCUGUAAAUCCAGGUACAUUUAUUUGUAAUUGUUGUGACAGGGUGGCCAACUAAGUAGGUGUAAAAAUGGCAGUAGUGAAUAUUGCAGUGAAAUAUUUGUACGUAGUAAAUGUGAAACUAACUGCAGUAGCUGCUACAUCACAUUGAAACAAAUAUCUGUUAUCUGAUUGGGUUUAAAAUGGCCAGUACAGUGUAAUGUAGAUACUUUCGGUAUUUAUAACACAUUCCAUCAUGUUCUCCUUCUUCUUCUACUUUUAUUUAUUGAUUUAUUUAUUUAUUGCUUUGAGUAUAUAUUCCUGAAAUGCAUUUGAAUAUGUUGGUGUUAACAACAUAGAUGGAGUUUAUAAUGUGUGCUGUGUGACAGCCAUAUGUAGCUAUGAGUUCAUACGAUUGUAGCACUUAUGAUCACAUGAUGGUGACAUAGGCUAAUUCAUAAUUUUAUCUUUGACUGUGCAGAAGGCAUUGGUUCCUGUGACUGCUUGAUAAACUUUGAUGAAGCCCUAGCUAAAUAGAAAAGGUGAAACUGAAACAGGACAUGAGCGUCAGGAUGGCCAACCAUAAGUCACACACGUCAUGUUCUUCUACAGCAUAUCUUUACAGUGUUAGUUAAUAAACUGUUCACUGUUUAUUUGUGUGACAAAAGGUAUUUUUUUUUCACAGUAGUUAGGCAAUAAUUAUUUCUUUACACUAAUGAAUGUAAACUAAUAUUUAGCUGUUGCAUUUUACUGAUACAAUCGGCCCUUAUUAACAAAAGACUGGCCUUAUAAUUCUGUGUUUCAUGUGACAUCUUAUCCCAAAUAUAUGGUAGGCCUACAUUAUUACUAAUCCUUUCAUUUGUGGACUACGUGCAUCUAAUCUAAACAACAUCGUUGAUUUAGGCUAUCAGGUUCCUAUGGAGGUUGGGUUGGGGUGUUUCUUGUAUGCUGCACUUGCCAUUGAUGAAUCCUUCAGUUAGGCCUACUUUUGUUUUCACAAAGGCCAACCAUCGAUGUGCUUUGCUAAAUUUAUCCACGUGCCAAAUCCGUUAUUAUGAAGCAAUAUUUUCAUUUACAGUAUUCUCAUGUUUUGUGAGAUUGAAAUAUGAAAACAUUUUAAACUGCAUGACAAUGUUUACACCUUGUAUGCCACCCAGAAUAUGAAACAUUGUGUUGAAAUAAUUGUUUAAAUAAAAAAUGCCCAACAACUUUGGGUUUGUUUCACAA